AUGAACAUUAAAGUUGUCUUUGAAAACAAAAUACAUAAGCUACCCUCUUCAGUGAAUACAUAUAGUUAAAUAAUAGAAAAUAUAAGACUUCUUUAUCCAAACAAAUUAAGGAAAAAUUUUGAGAUAUACACUUAAGUUCUUCCAAGUUUAUAUUUUAAAGUAAAUUAGAAUAAACUCCCUUUAAAAUCGAUGAUGAAGACCAUUUUAAUGAGCUAAAAUCAUUUUAUGGACACUUGAAAUUAAAAUUCAUUAUAAAGAAAUCCUAUGAAGACAGUCUAGAGUAAGAAGAGAUUCAAGCUUUAAAUUAGAGUAUCUUGAUUCAAUAUAAAGACUCAGAUUGUAAAUUAUUUAAAUAAUAUUAGAAUAAUUACAGGAAGGAUACAAGAACUUUGAAAUUAUUGAUAAAAAAUCUAAUGAAUAGAAUUAAUUAUGCAAUAUUGAAUAGCUAGUCAAAUAAUUUGUUGAUGAGAGAUUGGAAUAACAUGGCUUAAUACAGACAAAAACAUAGCCUCUGUUCAAAAUGGCUAUUGAAUACUCUCUAUAAAAAAUAAAUGUAAUACCAGGGAAAUAAUUUUUAUGGAGUAUUUGUUUGAGAAAUAUUAGCAAUGUGAAGUGGUUAAAGAAGGAUGUUUAUUUAAUGUGCAUUUAAGGUGAAUAUUUGAACUAAAAACUGUUUGUAUAAAUAUGUAAAUAACGUAGUUUAACAUUGACAUUCCAAUAAAUGAACUCUGCACUAUUGGGACAAAAUUGAUUGCUCCUAAAGUAGUGGAUAACUCUCCAUAAAUAUUUUAAGUAAUAAUAUUGAAGAUUACUUUUAGUUAUUUCACAAAUCAUAGCAUUUUGGGAAAGAAAUUAUUUUUAGAUUACAAAGUACAGAAAGUUUGUAAAAACAAAAAAAAGAUUUCCAGGUAAAACUUGUAAUUUUGUUAUAAAAAUUAAAAUUACAAUUUUAUAGGGAUUUUUUGCAAGGUUUAUAUGAAAUUAAGUGGAUGUAAGAAUGGAAUCAAAAGAAACCCGUUAAUUGA